AUGGCGAUGUUAACUGCUUGUGCUCUUCUUUGUUUUAUUGCUGUGUGCCAGGGUAUAAACCCCCCAGUUUACAGCAAACCCUACAGGCUCAGGGCUGAGAUUCGCUUACCAUAUGCAGAAAUAGUCGAGCCUAUAUUUGCAUUGUUUGAUCCUGUUAACAACCGUAGCAGGGUGGACUAUUAUGAUGGUAUUCAGCGCACUGUUCAGCUGGCAUCAGCACCGGGUCUUCCCUAUGGAGCAGAGUUCAAGGUCAUUCCAUUCAGCACACAGACAGUUCUGAAUCAGCUGAGCUGUUUUCAAGCAAAUGGAUCUCAAGAUGCUCCCACUGGGAUUACUACUGUUCUACCUGACCUGACCAAUUUUACUUUUCUUGGUGAGCAGAUAUUAGAAGGCAGGAGAGUAUAUGCUUUCCAGAAAGUGAAUACUGUGGGAAAGAAAGUAAGCACAUAUACUUUCUGGUCAUCGUUUCCUGAGAACUUCCCCGUACGUUAUGAGAUGAUGGGAUACGAUACACUGUUGGGCUCCCACUUUGACAAAUAUUAUGUUGAUUACCUUUCCUAUAAGUCACCAGUGCAGUUUAGCAAAGAGGACUUUGCUGUGCCCAGGAAUCUGACUUGUAGUUCCUACCCUGGCCCUGGUGUGUCCCACACGGACAAGAUUCAGAUGAACCCCAUCAAAGAGUAUGUGCAUCACCAUGACAAGCAUGUGCAUGAGAGCUUUGAACACUUCAAGACUGCCCACAAGAAGCAGUACUCGCCACAGGAGCAUGACUCCAGGAAGCAUGUCUUCAGACAGAACCUCAGAUACAUCCACUCCAAGAACCGUGCUGGUCUCUCCUACACAAUGAGUGUCAACCAUCUGGCUGACAGGACAGAGAAUGAGAUGAAGAAGAUGAGAGGCUUCCGAUAUACCCAUGGCAACCGUGGGGGUAAACAGUUCACCUCUGAGGCCUUGAAAGUGCAGGAUGUCCCAGAUCAGUGGGAUUGGAGGCUUAUAGGGGCUGUGACUCCCGUGAAAGACCAGGCUAUCUGUGGCUCAUGCUGGAGUUUUGGGACCACUGGUACUAUUGAAGGUGCCAACUUUCUGAAGACCGGCAACCUGAUCCGACUGUCUCAGCAAGAACUGAUCGACUGCUCCUGGGGGGAAGGCAACAAUGGCUGUGAUGGUGGUGAAGACUUCCGGUCCUACAAGUUCUUGAUUGAAAACGGAGGUUUGACAAGCGAAGAACAGUACGGGCAAUACCUGGCUAUUGAUAGUUUCUGUAAGAAGAAGUUAGUCACUCCAGUUGUCCAGAUUACGAACUACACCACCAUACCCCAGGGUGAUCUGGCAACUCUCAAGUUGUCCAUCUUCAACAAAGGCCCCAUUUCUGUCGCUAUCGAUGCAUCCCACAAGUCAUUCAGUUUCUACUCCAAUGGUGUCUACUAUGAACCAGACUGCAAAAGCGACCCGGACAGCUUGGAUCACGCAGUGCUUGCUGUAGGCUAUGGAACUCUGAAUGGUCAAAACUACUGGCUGGUCAAAAACUCAUGGUCAACAUACUGGGGAAACGAUGGCUACGUGCUGAUGUCACAGUUAAACAACAACUGUGGUGUGGCUACUGAUGCCACCUAUGUGGACAUCAAAUAA